AUGACUACUGUCGCGACCACCCACCAUCACCGUCACCUACUUUUGCCGCCACCACCACCACCCACCUCCGCCCCUAUUGUCACCCACCGUCGACACCUCCACCCUCGCAGUCACUCGCCGCCACCACCCACCCCCGCCACCAACCCCCGCCUCCGUCGUCACCCGCCACCUACCUCCACCACUGCCGAUCACCACCGCCGUCGUCACCCACCACCUUUAUCAUCACUGCCGCCUACCUCUGCCCCUGCCACCACCCACCGCUACCGUCUCCCACCACCACCUCCGACCACCGCUACAACUACCACCUAUCACCACCCACCACCACCGACUACCGUCACUCACCACCGAUUUUAUUCCUUCGUCUAUUCUUUCCUACCAAACAAAACAAAGUAG